AUGGAUAAAGACACAGCUAAUGAGCACAUUUAUGGAUUGUUUAAAGGCGCCGUUUCAUUCAGUCCUAGACGUGAGGAGGGAGGUAAGGGCUCUCUCCGAACCGUGAGACACGAAAGUAAAACGACCGGACAAGUAGCGGACUCUGAGCUGAACUCUCCCGCCUCUUGGAUGCAUGAAAAGCACCUCGUAAAUGUGGUGAAGAGGAGCGCGCACUUUCACCCGUCCUCACAAUACUCAACAUCUGGAGGUUAUAGUUACGGUUUUAGCGGGGGUCUGAGCUCUCUUACAAAGGCAAAGUUAAAGGGAUUAUUUACCGCCAAGGAAAUAUAAAGGAAGGUGAUGAUGGGGGAAACGAGGUGCGCCUGCGGGAUGUGGGGGUGGAUUUUUGCCCUUGUGUUCGUUUGGAAUACCCACAUGUUGCACGCUCAAGAUAUUGCACCUUACUUUAAAACUGACGCAGGGGGCACACAGACACACCUGGAGGGCAACAGACUUGUGCUUACCUGUCUGGCGGAGGGAAGCUGGCCACUGGAGUUUAAAUGGAUCAGAAACAACACAGAUAUUACUAAAUACACACCUGAGUACAGGUACAUGGUUCCAUCACUAAACCGUGAGGAUGCGGGAGUGUAUCAGUGUGUUGUGAGGAACAGGAUGGGUGCGCUGAUCCAGACGAGAGCCGAUGUUCGUGUGGCUUACAUGGAUAGCUUUGCUGAUCUUGAACAGAGGAAGACAGUUUCUCAGGGAAGGGCUGCUGUCCUCAACCCUCCCGCGGUGGCCAGUUACCCACGCCCUCAGGUCACAUGGUUCAGAGAUGGCUACAAGAUCAUCCCUAACCAUCGAGUAGCAAUAACGUUGGACAAUCAGCUUGUGGUGUUGGGUACGACAGCAGCUGAUGCAGGAAGAUAUUACGUACAGGCUGUAAAUGAACGCAACGGAGAAAACAAAACCAGCCCUUCCGUUUACCUGAGUAUAGCAAUAAACAAGAGGAAUCGUGGUUCUCUUGAUGUUAUUGCCCCCGCUGAAUUGGUUGCCCCGGUGAUAGUGAUUGCACCUAAGAACACAUCAGUGGUUGCCAGGGCGAGUGAGGCUACUCUUGAGUGCGUCGCUAAUGCGAGAUCUCUUGACAGGCUGCAGGUGUUCUGGAAGCGUAAUGGGGUGAGACUAACAACAGGAGUGGACUCGUUUGGUCGCAGACUGGUCAUCAGUAACCCCACCUCAGCUGACGUGGGUCUGUACGUGUGUGAGGCGGCGCUCAAGAACAGCAGCCACAAGAGCACAGAGGCCAAAGCGUAUCUCUCUGUCCUAGAAUCCCCAUACUUUACAUCAAAUCCAAAAAGGACAGUCAUAGCCGAAGUUGAGAAAACGGUGGAACUUCAAUGUCAGGCCAAAGGGGUUCCAACACCAAAGCUGAAGUGGUAUAAGGAUGCUGUCCCCCUCUCCACGCUGAAUAACCCACAAUACAAGCUCACAUCCUCCUCAAUGAUUCUGCAAGUGCGGAGAAUUCAGCCAGAUGAUGCCGGAAUAUUCCAGUGCUUUGCCGAAAACAUGGCAGGAGAAAUCCAGACAUAUACCAACUUGGUUGUCACAAGCGUGUCACCAUCCUUCACCACUCCCCCUUCUGACAUCACAGUUACUGAUGGAACUUCCGCUGUCUUUAGCUGUGAAACAUCUGGCGCCCCCAAACCUGCCAUUGUUUGGAGGAAAGGUUCUCAGGUGUUAGCAAGCGGAUCGGUUCAGAUACCUCGUUUCACUCUUCUGGAAUCCGGAGGCUUACAGAUUCUGCCCAUAAUGCCGAGCGACGCAGGGAACUUUACAUGUUCGGCUUCUAACUCUGGUGGAUUGGUCAACGCCACUGCAGACCUGACAGUCUUGAGUCGAACCUUCAUUUCAACACCCCCUGAGGACCAACGUGUCAUCAAGGGCACGACUGCUGUGCUGAACUGUGCUGCAACUCAAGACCCCAGAGUCACCGUCAGAUAUUUGUGGAAGAAAGGAACCCGGCCCCUGAGCCUGUCGACUGGUGGGCGAGUGUCAAUGAAGGAAGGUUCGCUCCACAUCAGCCAGACAUGGUCGGGAGACAUUGGAGACUACACCUGCAGGGUCAUUUCGCCAGCUGGAAAUGACUCGAAAACCGCACGCCUGGAAGUUAUAGAGCUUCCUCACUCACCGCGUAACUUGCAGGUGGCUCUGAAUGAGACAGACAGCAGGACGGUUCUUCUGUCAUGGGUUCGUCCAUUUGAUGGGAACAGUCCUCUUCUGCAUUACAUCAUUGAGCUCUCUGAGAACAAUUCUCCAUGGAAGGUGUACAUGGCUGAUGUUAGUCCUGCACUAACUAGUUUGUUAGUCAGUGGUUUGACACCAGCAAGGACGUACCAGUUCAGAGUGUGCGCUGUCAACCAGGUGGGCCGUGGACAGUACAGUUCAGAGACAAACAGACUGAUGCUGCGAGAAGAACCACCCAGUGCACCUCCAAAAAACAUUGUGGCAAGUGGUCGAACCAACCAGAGCAUUAUGGUUCAAUGGCAGCCUCCCCCAGAACCACAGCUCAAUGGAGUUCUCAGGGGCUAUGUGCUCAGGUAUAGAUUGGCGGGUCUGCCUGGUGAGUUUCAGCUGAAGAACAUCACCAGUGCAGAGAUGAAUUACUGUCUGAUUGGAGAGCUCAUCAUCUGGACACAGUAUGAGAUCCAAGUGGCUGCCUACACUGGAGCAGGAUUGGGAUUGUUCAGCCAGUCUGUCACGGAGUACACACUGCAAGGGGUCCCCACAGCACCCCCUCAAGAUGUAGAUGCUGUUGCGCUUAACUCCACGACCAUCAAAUUCACCUGGACGCCUCCACCCCAACAGUUCAUCAACGGCAUUAACCAGGGAUACAAGCUGCUGCUGUGGCCCGAACACUGUCCGGAAUGCAUUACCAUGGUGACAAUUGCCCCCGAGUUUCAUGGGUCACGUCACUAUGGUUACAUUAGCAAUUUAAAAAAGUUCACUUGGUAUGAGACGGCAGUGCUGUGUUUCACCACGCCUGGCGAUGGACCAGCAAGCACACCACAACUCAUCCAGACGCAUGCUGACAAACCAGGCCCGGUGUCUCAACUGAGCUUCACUGAGAUCCUGGACACAUCUCUAAGGGUCAGCUGGCAAGAACCAGAAGACAAGAACGGCAUUAUCACAGGUUACAUCUUGUGGUGGGAGGAGGCCGGGCAGAACAAAACUCUUGUAUCGCAAUCCCUCUCUAACUCCACACUGGCUCAUAAAGUGACCGGUCUCACUUCACUCACCACAUAUACACUACAAGUGGCGGCCAUAACACAGGCCGGCACCGGUGUCCCAACCUCACUGACAAUCUCAACAGGACUGCCACCAGAGCUUCCUGGUGCACCCUCCAAUCUGGUGAUCUCUAACAUUAGUCCACGAUCCGCCACCAUAAGGUUUCGCCCUGGCAGUGACGGCAAGACUGCCAUCUCCAAAUGGAUCGUGGAAGGACAGGUGGGGACUGUGGGUGAUGAAGAGGAGUGGAAGUUGCUGUAUGAGAGAGACAGUCCACCGGCCUCCGACACUCUGGAGAUCCCCAACCUCAUCCCCUUCACCCAAUACAAAUUCAGGAUGAAGCAGGUGAACAUUGUGGGGUCAAGUCCCUUCAGUCAACCUUCUCGAGUGAUGCAGACCCUGCAGGCUAUUCCAGAUGUGGCCCCGACAGACCUCACUGUGUUCUCUGCCACUGAAACCAGCCUGAGGAUUCACUGGGAGCCGCUUCAAGAGGCAGCUUACAAUGGAAAUCCUGAAAGUGUGGGUUACCGGGUUCGUGCACAGAGAAUGGACGGGCUUGGACAGACACGGAUGGAGACGGUUUCUGAGCGGCUGUCUCGGGAGGUGACGAUGGAGGGCCUGGAGGAGUGGACGGACUAUGAGUUGAGCGUUCAGGCAUUCAACGUCAUCGGUUCUGGACCCUGGAGCAGUCCAGUUCUGGGCAAAACUAAAGAGUCAGUUCCCUCUGGUGCCCCAGAGAAUGUGAGUGCUGAAGCAAUGAGCUCCACAAGUAUACUGGUCACCUGGGGGUCAGUCUCUGAACACCAGAAGAAUGGACACAUCCUUGGAUACAAGGUAUUGUACCAAGAAAAUGAUUCUCAGCAGGCACCCAAGGUCCAGCCGGUGAACUGGAACCAUACCUACUCUCUUCUUUUGCGGAAUCUCAGGAAGUUCAUCCUAUAUGAGGUUCAGGUGCUUGCAUUUACAUGUGUUGGAGACGGACCACCCAGCCUUCCCCCAACAAUUGAGAGAACCAAGGAUGACGUUCCUGGUCCACCUGUCAGAUUGUUGUUUCCAGAAGUGCAUUUGACGUCUGUGCGGGUUGUCUGGCAACCUCCUUCAGAGCCAAACGGUAUCAUUAUAGCUUAUCAGAUUUGUUACCGUCUGGAUAUCAAUGACCCCAACAAGUUUACCACAGUGGAGGUGGGGUCCAACACACGACAGUUCACCGUGACAGGACUGAUCCCAGAGUCGGCAUACGUGUUCCAAAUAACAGCACGCACACAAAAGGGCUGGGGACCAGUGGAGGAGGCUAUCGUCAUUACAACAGAAAAGAGAGACCGUCCACAACCCCCUCGUCGACUAAACGUGCCUCAGAAAGCGAUGGAGUCCCGUAAACUGCGACUUCAUUGGGCAGCGGGUGUAGACGGCUCUUCGCCUGUGCGCUACUUCACCCUGCAGGUAUUAGAGCUACCUGACGGAGAGUGGAAGACCCACACAUCCUCCAUCGGUCAUAACAACACCUCCUGGGAGGUGGAUAGGCUGAAGCCAUACACCUCAUACAAAUUUAGAAUGAUGGCCACAAAUGAUGUAGGAGACAGCGCCUUCAGCAAGGAAACUGAGCCAGUUACCACACUGCAGGAUGUGCCGGGUGAAUCUCCUAUAAUUUUGAAUGUCAAACCUUCAACCACAACAUCUGUGAUUGUCCAGUGGCAGCCACCCCAGGAGGGAACUGUCAAUGGUAUACUUGUGGGCUACCGUGUGUAUUAUCGUGAGCUUCCACAUGAGAACAAGGCAGCUGAACCAAAGACGGCAACCAACCGAUCAGCAAUUAGUACUGAUUUUAAAGCCAAGAGCACCUUCAAAACAGUGAGCAGCCCUUCAUUAACAGAAUUUGAAUUAACACAGCUCAGCAAGUACAGACGUUACGAGAUCAUCAUGACAGUGUUUAAUGUUGUUGGAGAGAGCCCUUCAAGUGCACCUAUAGAAGUGUUUGUGGGAGAAGCAGCUCCCUCGGUGGCUCCUCAGAACAUACAGGUGAAGUCUGUGUCUGUCACCCAACUGGACGUCGAAUGGCAGCCUCCACCCAUAGAGACACAGAACGGGAAUAUUCUGGGAUACAAGAUCCAUUAUUGGGAAAAUAACAAACAGAAUGAGACGGAGAAAGAACUGGUUUUGUUUGUUCCAGAAACAUCUGUACAGCUGAAGAACCUCACAUCUUACACCACCUACCUUGUGCAACUGUCUGCAUUUAACACAGCAGGGGAUGGGCCACUUAGUGCAGCCCGGAAAGGAUGCACCCUGCAGGCUGCUCCUGGAGCACCCAGUCAUGUGGUGUUUUCAGAGGUAAUGGGCAGCUCACUGAAUGUAUCAUGGGGAGUUCCUCUGCAGCCCAAUGGUGUGGUGGAGGGCUACCGAGUGGUCUAUGAGCCCACCACACCAGUUCAUGGAGUCAGUAAGACAGUAACAGUGGAUAUCAAUGGGAACUGGCAGCGCUGGCUAAAGGUUCGAGACCUGAUGAGGGGCAUAGUCUACCGAUUCAAAGUUCAGGCCCGAACCAUCGAUUACGGACCCGAACUGGAGGCAAAUAUUACCGCAGGACCAGUGGAGGGCUCGCCUGGUUCACCCUUGCAGACUUCAAUCACAAAAUCAGCAUCAGCUUUGACACUUCAUUGGUCAGAGGGUGCUGGAGGGGCGGGGCCGGUCACAGGAUAUGUCAUUGAAGCUCGUCCAUCAGAUGAAGGUUUAUGGGACACAUUUGCCAAGCAUCUCCCACAUGGAAUCUUCUCGUACACCAUUAGUCUGGACCGCCUACGCUCAGGUGUGGCCUAUGAAUUCCGUGUCAUUGCCGUCAAUCGCUUCGGCUACGGCCAUCCCAGCCCACCUUCUACUGCCAUGUCUGCUCUUUCUGAAAUGCCCUUCUAUGAGGAGUGGUGGUUCCUGAUCGUCAUGGCGUUGAUCAGCCUCAUUCUCAUUCUGAUGGUUGUGUUUGGUCUGCUAUUGCUUGGACAGAACAAAAAAUACAGGAGCUGUGGCACAGGAAAGCGUAUAUCUACUGUGGAAGAGGCUGUAACCCUUGACAACGGCGGCUUCACAGCCCUAGAGCUGAACAGCAGACAUACGAAUGUAAAAAACUCUUUCCUCAAGAAGAAUGGAACAAGAUCUCCGCCACGGCCCAGUCCAGGUGGGCUCCACUACUCUGAUGAAGACAUCUGCAACAACUACAAUGGGGCUGUUUUAACAGAGAGCACCACCCUCACAGAGAAACCCACAGAACUCUCUGAGUCUGAGGUGAGCGACAGUGAUUAUGAGGACGAGCAGCCCAAGUACUCGUUUGUCAAUCACUACAUGAGUGACCCCACCUAUUUCAACUCGUGGAAGCGACAACCCAAAGGUGUGAAGACUGGUGGAGGCUUCGAGGAAUGUGCCAUGACGGAUGAAGAGGGGGGUUAUUAUCAGACUGUGGUGACCCAGCACAGCGUAGGGGGUGUCUACACCCCAACAGGACAACCCGCAACAGGAACACGCACUCCAGUGACUGGCUUCUCCUCGUUUGUCUAAUGGACCAUUCAUAUCAAAAUUAUGAGAAGCUGACAAACAGGAAGUGGAAACGGGACAAAAUGGACUUGGAUGUUGCGACUAGUAUUGAGGAACAUCAAAGGCGAAGAAUGUGUUUUCCCAGAGGCUAAUAACUCUCAAUUCCUCUAAAACGUGUAUUUAAGAUCUUUCUUCAAAGAAUGGAGGGAAUUAAAGUAUCUUAUUGUUAAUGUGUUAAUCAUUUUUGGCUGGAUUUUCGAAGAUUAACCACGACCCUGAAGGAGUGGAGACUUUGCACUGUGAGACUCUUUAGCGAGAGGCAGUAUUAAUUUGAAAGACUUAAAGACCCACAGAGGAGGAUGAAGGAAAUUCCUUUGUUAUGGAUUCCCGUUCCAUAGCAACUCUCCGGGAUUAGUCGUAAUGUGUGGGCAAACAAGCGCUUGAGUGAUUCAGUGAAUCACUUCCUCAUAAAACUCUAAUUAAAGUUCUGCUAAACAUCACAGGAAAUCUGACUUGUACAGUGUGUGGUCGACUUGAACAACAAUGUGUUUUGUGUGUGUAUUUUUGUAGCAGGUGUGAGCGGCUUUGUUUUGGAUGACAAGAAGCACUGAAAAUACUGCCUUUGAACAUUUAUUGCUUUCUGAAACCAAAAGACUGAUGUUGUAAUCGAAAAAGAAAGGAAAUGUGUGCUUGCAACAAAGUGAUUUCUUAGGUUAGCAAUACUCUAUGUAAAAUAUGCUGUAUGUGUGUGUAUAUUUUUAGGAUAAAUUUUGUACAAACCACGUUUUUACUGUAGAAUAGAUUUGUGCCAUGUUGAUGUAGUUCCCUAGUGAUGUUCAUUUCAGCAAGUCACAAUUCACAGUUUGUUUGACUGACUUGCAGUGUAUUUACUAUUCAGUUACCAAGAGAACUAAUAAGAGAUGUGAGAAGAAGUCCUUCUAAUCCAAAUAGACACAGAUUUCCAUCUCCUAUAAAGUUGAACAAAUAUUUAUUACAAUGUGAAAGAAAAUCAGUGGUUUAUUAGAUGAAAUGCUGCAGGUGUGCGUAUAUGUCUUUGUGGUGGUGUAGACAAGCGGUAAAUGAUCUAGGCUGGAAAUCAAAAGGUUUAAGGUUUGAACCUUACAGGAGUGAUUCUAUGAUCUUACGCCAUUGUGCCCUUUACAAAGUCACUUCAAACAGGUUUAUUCCGGAGGGAUUGUCCCUGAAAUACUUUAACAUGGCAACGUUUCAUGGAAUUAAAUAAAUAACAAAUAAAACUUUAACCAAAACAUACUUAACACUAGUAUGUAAACGCAAACGCUUCUAGCUCAAGCUCGAUUUCACACAUCGAGUUCUGUAAUAUGUUAGAACGCAAUUCACAGUGCUAGAAUGUGUUGUAUUCUCAGCCUUGCCACAAGGGGUGCUAUAUCGAGCCUUAGCAGUAAUCUAUCUUCAGAUUCUUGAAGAGGAUUUUGCUGAGAAAGGAAUUAAAAUUUGUUAAAAAUUCAACUUUACAUUUGUAAAGUACUCUAUCGCCCCCUUGAGUUCUGAGGUUUGUUACCACGACAGUUACAUGAGAACGCAUAUUAAGCACUUACAACACUUGCAAUGUUGACCAAAUAUUCUCGUCUACAUACUUAUGUAGAGUAUAUUUCUGGCCUAAAGAUUGUGAUUCUGUUCUAUGCAUUAAAUUACCAUUUCAAAUAUCAGAUAGACAAGGACUUCUUAGUUAGUCCAAACACAGGAAGGGCUAUGCAAAGUGUUAUCGUCUUAAAUGAGAGUAUAAUAUGCACGUCAAAGUAAGUUUUCACAAGAUGUUGUGAUUGCUUUGGGGAGUUCUUGUAACUGAAAUGUUAUUAAAGCUUCCUUAAGCUGUAUUAUUUACAGUGCAUUAUACACAUACUGUACUUGCAGGCAUCAUAAUGCAUUGUACUUCAAUACUCAAACUUAAAGUGAGUAAUUGUGUCUAAAAAUGUUCAGACUGUGGAGUAUGUGCCUCAUGACUUAUAAACACAAAGUAUAAUGGCAUUUAGGAUUAUUCAAUGUCCAAAACCUUGACAUCACAACCAAAGCCCUAAACCUAACCAUAGACUUUAUCAAUGGCGUUACUUGGAUCUUACAGCCCCAGUGCAAAGAACCUGUCGGACCCCCUUCUAGGGGAACCUCUGUCAUUAUUCAUCACCUGUCAGGCCCACUGUCAUUUUUAUGGUUCCUUUUGGUUGACCGUUGCAGGCCCCUUCUCACUCUGGGCCCUAGGGCAGCUGCCCACCCUGUAGUUACGCCCCUGGACCUUAUUCACAGUAGCGCCAUAUUUUAUUUUUGACGUGAAUGAAAACGAGGUUGUGAUUGAUUGACAGUUUCUUCAAUGGCAUGCAUUUGUCUGCUAAACAAUAAAAAAAGUAUAAACAACUGUACAACCCAUUGAAGAGACUGUAUAUCCAUCCCUCACAGCCUUGUUUUCAUCCCCAUCAUAAAUCAAAUAUGGCACUACAGUGAAUAAGGUCUAUGAAAGCCAAAACUUACAUUGUACUCAAAAGGCUAUUUUUAUGUUACCCUUCAAGCCCGUUUAAAAUACUCUUCUGCCAUUAUUAUUUCUAUAUCUCUUGUGAUUGUUUAAUUGUUUGUGGUAUCAAAAGAGCAGAUAGUGGCAGUACAUUUUACAUGGGCAAAAACAUGAAAAAUGUUGAUUUCAGUUAACCGUAACGUAUUGCGAUGUCACUCAAAGUUUGAAUCUUUUAAUUUUCAUGUUUUUUUUUUUAUCUUAACAUUAAAUGAAAAACAGCUACAGUAUGUGUAAUCAAACUAUGCAUCCAAAAAAACAGUAGGAACAUACAAUAAGCCACACAUGCACUAUAUUAAAUAUUACAAACACAACUCCGUCAUAGUCAGCUUAACUGUUAAAGUAUUAUUUCUUCAAAUGGCAUUAGCUAUCAUAUUUUACUGGCAUUAUUCCCUAAACAAAAGACCUGGCAGAUCUUCUAUUUAUGACAUAUUGGUGACUAAAUGCCAAAAUGAGACAAUACAAUUAGCUGUGUUCACAGACUGCAGAACUCUCAGUACUGACUGUACUCUUAUAACAUGCUCACUGAUAAAAUGCAUACAUUAGAUAACAAAAUAUCAAACCAAGUGGCAUGUGUAAACAAAUGAUGCUAGGUACUUUUUUUUAUUUCUAGAACUAACGUUACUUUUAUUUGUAAUUUUAGAACUUAUUUGUAACCAGCUGGUCCCAAGGUGAUUUUUGUCAGUUCCCCUCAAGUUCACACAGGUGUCCUAAUAACCACAUUUACAAUCAAAGUGUCCAAAGAUGAUAUAUUUUGUUUUAUUAUUUAAAACAUAAAAAAUAUAUUUUUGUAUAAUGGUUAUGCUUAGAAAGUGUGCUUUUGCAAUCUUUAAAAUAAAUGCCAAUUGGUUUGAUGUAUUGUCAUCAAACAGACAUACAUUUUUAAUUGUGGCUUAAGUGUCCAAAUCCAUUUGGAGCUCACUGUAGGAACAACAUCACUAUAAUGUCAUUGUGAUUAUGAGGCUUCAUCACUGUAAUGCACUUGUUUUGAUUACUAUGAUUAAAUG